CCCGGAGUGCGCAGCGUGGCGGUCGGCGGUGCGCUGUGUCCCUCGGACACAGCGGAUCACCAAUCCACAGAAAGAGCUGAAGAUGUUGGCUUGGUCAUGUGAUCAGCUGUGUCCAAUCACAGCUGAUCACAUGGGACAUGUACACUGAUCAUCAGAGCACAGAUGAUCAGUGUAGCCCCAGCAGUGCCAGCUGUCAGUGUCCAUCAGUACCAGCUGUCAGUGCUCAUCAGUGCCACGUGCCAGUGCCCAUCAAUGCCACAUAUCAGUGCCUACCAGUGCACAUCAAUGCCACAUAUCAGUGCCCAUCUGAGCUCCCUUUCUGUGUCACCCAUCAG